AUAAACAAAACAAAAAAAAAAAAAAAAAAAAAAGUAACUGUUAUAGAAGCGACUAAGAAAUUCUUAGCGUUCACCUUUUACUGACUUUUCAUGCAUUUUUUUUGCAUAUCCUGAUCCUCGCUACGCUCUUACCUUAAUACACUUUAUUCUGCUAUCUCAGAUAUACAGAUAAGCUGUUUUGGAUGCUCCUUCCGUUCCUGAUUAAGAUUAUGUCGAUAUAAAUCGUCUAGGAAUUUUUCCAUCCUUCCAUUAUUCACUUUUAUGGAAAUCCAUGCUAGUCGUUUAACUGGUACGAGAGAAUGCAACCAAGAGAAUUACAUAAGUUACUCCUUCAUCAGCUGGGGUCUGUGGCUCAAAAAAGACUUUGUCGUGGUGUUAGACUCAAUAAACUGGAAGCAAUUUCGCUGAUUGCUUCUCAAACCCAAGAGUUUGUUCGUGAUGGUACCCAUUCCGUUGCUGAAUUAAUGAGUCUUGGUAAGAAUAUGCUAGGGAAGCGCCAUGUUCAGCCGGAAGUGACUCAUUUAUUACAUGAAAUUAUGGUUGAAGCCACUUUUCCUGAUGGAACUUAUUUGGUGACUAUCCAUGACCCUAUUUGUACUCCAGACGGAAAUCUUGAAAACGCUUUGUAUGGGAGCUUUCUUCCUAUCCCUAAGUCAGAGAUGUUCCCUCCUGUAGAUGAAAGCUUAUAUGCGCCAGAAAAUGCUCCUGGCUAUGUAGAAGUAGAAGAAGGAGAAAUCCACCUUUUACCUACUUUGCCUCGUAUAUCUCUGCAAGUAACGAAUUACGGUGAUCGUCCUAUUCAAGUUGGCUCCCAUUAUCAUUUUCUCGAAACUAAUGAAAAACUAUGCUUUGACCGUGCAAAGGCUUAUGGCAAAAGAUUGGAUAUAUCUUCGGGUACCGCCAUUCGUUUUGAGCCCGGUGUCACAAAGAUAGUUAGUUUGGUUCCUAUUGGCGGUAAACGAGUCAUUCAGGGAGGUAAUGCUCUUUCUAAGGGCCCAGUCGAUGAAUCACGAACCACCGAAAUCCUUGAUAACUUGAUUAACCAAGGGUUCAUGCAUCAAAUGGAAGUAUUAAGUAAGGAUACUCUUGAAAAGAUUCAACCUUUUCGGAUUCCCCGUAAACAAUACGCUACCAUGUAUGGACCCACAACCGGUGACAAAGUUCGUUUGGGUGAUACUUCCUUGUUUGUAAGAGUGGAAAAGGACUUAACAGAAUAUGGUAAUGAAGCUGUCUUCGGUGGUGGAAAAGUUAUUCGUGAUGGAACUGGUCAAGCGAGUGGAAAGUCGAUGAAUGAGUGUCUCGAUACUGUCUUAACCAAUGCCUUAAUUAUUGACUAUACCGGAAUCUUCAAGGCUGAUAUUGGUAUCAAGAAUGGAUUCAUAGUGGGUAUCGGUAAAUCUGGUAAUCCUGAUACAAUGGAUAGUAUCACAGACAACAUGGUUGUGGGCUCGUCUACUGAUGUUAUAUCUGCUGAGAAUAAGAUCGUCACUUUCGGAGGCAUGGAUAGUCAUGUUCAUUUCAUAUGUCCCCAGCAAAUUGAAGAAGCUCUAGCAUCAGGGAUUACAACUAUGUAUGGUGGCGGAACUGGACCUAGUACAGGAAGUAAUGCUACGACAUGCACUCCCAAUGCAGAUCUUUUAAAAUCCAUGUUCAGAGCUACGGACUCCUAUCCGAUGAACAUCGGUCUUACAGGUAAGGGAAAUGAUAGUGGGCAUGCUUCUCUUCGUUCCCAAAUCGAAGCUGGCUGUAGUGGUAUGAAGCUUCAUGAAGAUUGGGGCUCCACUCCUGCUGCCAUUGAUUCUUGUUUAACUAUUUGUGAUGAAUAUGACGUUCAAUGUCUAAUACACACGGAUACACUGAAUGAAUCUUCCUUUGUUGAAGGAACUUUUAAAGCCUUCAAGAAUCGCACAAUACAUACUUAUCACGUUGAAGGAGCUGGAGGCGGGCAUGCUCCUGAUAUUAUUUCUCUUGUCCAAAAUCCUAAUAUUUUACCCUCAAGCACAAACCCUACGCGACCUUACACUAAAAAUACUUUGGACGAAGAGCUAGAUAUGUUAAUGGUUUGUCACCACCUGUCAAGAAAUGUUCCUGAAGAUGUAGCAUUUGCUGAGUCUCGUAUUCGUGCUGAGACUAUUGCUGCUGAGGAUGUCUUGCAAGAUUUGGGUGCAAUCAGUAUGAUUAGUUCUGAUUCUCAAGCUAUGGGACGCUGUGGUGAAGUCGUUUCAAGAAGUUGGAAGACGGCUCAUAAAAACAAAACAGAGCGAGGAUACUUGCCAGAAGAUGAAGGAACCGGGGUAGACAACUUUCGUGUCAAACGUUAUGUCGCCAAAUAUACAAUUAAUCCCGCUAUCAGUCAUGGUAUUUCACACAUUGUUGGAUCCGUGGAGGUUGGAAAAUUUGCAGAUUUGGUCUUAUGGGACUUUGCAGACUUUGGCGCCAAACCUUGUAUGGUGCUUAAAGGAGGUAUGAUUGCAAUGGCAAUGAUGGGAGAUCCUAAUGGAUCGAUCCCAACUGUUUCCCCUAUUGUUUCUUUGCAAAUGUUUGGAGCAAAAGCUCCUGAGAGAAGUAUUACAUUUGCUUCCGAUUAUGCUGUAUCAAACGGUGUAAUGAACACCUAUGGUCUUCAUAAACGAGUUGAAGCAGUAAAAGGAACAAGAGGUAUUGGGAAAAAGGAUAUGAUUUUGAAUUCUUACAUGCCUGAAAUGAGUGUAGAUCCUGAAUCUUAUACAGUAACUGCUGACAAUGUCAUUAUGGAAUGUGACCCUGUUGAUACGCUUCCUUUGUCCCAAGGGUAUUUCAUCUUCUGACGAAUUCACCGGCAGAUCUGCCUGCCCAAGUUAAAUUGAUGAAAACAGUAAUUUAAUGAACAAGAUA